UGUUCUUACUCGACGGGAAGUGGGACACAAUAAUGAUCUGUAAUAUUUGUCUCGUAUCUCUUGUGCUUCUUGGACUAACGAUCAACCUCAAGGCCGAGGACGUGCUGGUGACGGUCCAAAAAGGAAGCCUGCUGGGAAGUACGGCCACGAGCGUCUACAACACGUCCUACACGGCCUUUCUGGGAAUCACGUACGCCGAGCCUCCUGUUGGAGAGCUGCGCUUCCAGGAUCCGCAGCCAGCUGGUAGCUGGGAGGGUGUGCGCAACGCCACCUCAUACGGCAGCGACUGCGUGCAGAACACGGGUGACGGCUCCGAGGACUGCCUCUACCUGAACGUGUUCGUGCCGGGCAUACCAGAGGAGGGUGCAGGGCUGCCCGUGCUCUUCUGGGUGCACGGUGGAGGGUUCGUCUACGGCAGCGGCUCAGACCAGGAGCAUGGGCCCGACUUCCUUGUCUCCUACGGUGUCAUACUCGUCACCAUCAACUACCGCCUGGGGCCACUCGGCUUCCUGAGCACAGGAGAUGAGGUCAUUCCCGGCAACGCAGGUGUCAAGGAUCAGCACCUGGCGCUGACCUGGGUGAAGCAGAACAUCGCCAGCUUCGGUGGCGACCCAGACCUCGUCACCCUACAGGGGCAGAGUGCGGGAGGCAGGGCCGUCUCAUUACAUCUCGUCUCGCCUCUUUCCUCAGGCCUGUUCUCGCGGCUGAUUAUCCAGAGCGGUAACUUCACCCUGGAAUCGGCUCGUAGGAACGCCUUCAGACUGGGGGCUGCCCUGGGCUACGAGACGGAUGACUCCCAGCAGCUGGUGGACUUCCUGCGCUCUGUCAACGCUACGGACCUGCUGGUGGACAGCUCACUCAUACUGACAGACGAGGAGAAGCUGCUGUACUCGUAUGCUCUCUGGUCACCGCAUAUCGAAGCAGAGCAUGAGGGUGCUUUCAUCUCGGAACCUCCAAUACAGCCGCUCAUCGAUGGCCGUUUCCUGCGAGUGCCCAUCAUGACAGGCGUCACUUCCGGUGAAAAUAGUUUUGGGAUACUUAACGAUACCGAUAAGAUCAACACUCUCAACAACCAGUUCGUGGAGUCGGUGGGGCCCUGUCUGCACCUGUCAACAGUAGAGGAACAACAAGCUGCAGCAGCCAAAGUGAGGGAGUUCUACUUCGGCAACGACACUAUUUCUGCAGAUAAUCCUGACGCUCUGGUGUAUUUCAACAUCGACAAGGGAAGUUUCGAGGCAGCUGACGCUCUCGUACGGAAAGUAACUGAAAUAACUGACUUGCCAGUGUUCUAUUAUGAGUUUGAUUACCGCGGUGAGCAUGUGAAUGCCACAGAAUGGGGUGUCACUCACUCGGGUGAACUACCAUUCCUAUUCCUGAGAAAAGAUACCGAGUACAAUUUGGAUCCGAACUCGGAAGAGGAUAAAGUACGCAGGAAUAUACUCCGAUACUGGACCAAUUUUGCUAAAUAUGGGACACCUACUCCAGAAGCAGACCCAAUUGUGUGGGAACCAUACAACAACUCUAACCGCAGCUACAUGCUGAUGCAGGCCAACUUUUCGCUGGCCCACGACAAGAACGCAGAACGAAUGGACUUCUGGAACACCAACGUGCCGCUGCAGCCUUACGCCGAUGAACUCUGACCGCCCAGUAGGAGAUUCAUAAGCAAGCCAGUGGACUGAUGUAAUUACUGGAUACAUUAAAAAAUCAAAAUUACAACAAA